CGUGACGUCACACUGUCGGUUGAACGAAGAAGGAAAGAAGCCAACUUCCGGUAUGAUGCGCUGAACAGGGACCACAAAACAUAACUGCAAGGAAAAUGCGGUAGGCUGUUGUCAUAACUGAAAGAGAAAUUAAAACACAGCACAUCUCUGUGCUAACUUUACGACUUUUAAAUAAAUGUGGCAUAUGGUUAAGUUAUAUGGCCUAAGGGCUUUGUGACGGAAGCAAUCGUGUUAGCUGAUCAGUCAUCGAUCGAUCGGUAUUAGGGAGUGCGCGAGCUCUGCGCGCGGUUGAACAUGGGGACGAGAUCGAGCCGUUUACACGAGGAGACUCCUUCGACACCUUUCGAUAAAGAUGGCAUCAAGAGAGAGUCCUGUCGACGAAUCCGAAGCACCAGGCCCACUAGCCUCAUGGUGGAGUUCUCCGGGAGUUUCGACCAUGACUCGGAGACAAACCGCAGCCGGUCGGAAGAGGGCAGCGACUCGGAUACCGGGCAGCAGGCGAGCAGCGACGGCAGCCCCGCCGACAGCCACAUGUCCCCGUCUCUGAGCAGCCAGGCCACGCCGACGGACGAGAACGGGGCCGAGGAGAAACGCGAGGAGGAUGGCAGUCCAGGAGGCCCUGUGAGCAGGGAGGAAAUAGGCCGUGCACCGCAGCGCACUUUCUCGGAGCGUUUGCCCGGUGGUCGCCAUUCUUCCGCCAGCGGCGUCACAGGCAGGUCCGCCCGGGUGAGGGGGACUCACUCCCGGCCAGUGUCUGAGGCGUGGAUCGGCCUCUACAGGGUCAACAACCGCCACGGUGCUAUUCGGUGUCCCUUCUGCACCAAGCCGUUCCCUGGAGGGCGAAUCGAGGACCAUCUUCUAAGUUGUCUGACUUCUCCACCUCUCCCUUAUAACACUGAUGUGCUAGCUAAGGACAGUGGAGAGUGUUCAAUCUGUCUCGAAGACCUGCUACAAGGGGAAACCAUUGCUCGACUGGCCUGCCUGUGUGUCUACCAUAAGAGCUGCAUUGACACAUGGAGCAAAGUGAAGCCAUGCUGCCCUGAGCAUCCUUUUGAUUGAUUCAUGUCUUUACGUGCAAUGACACUUUGACUCAGGAGACAAUACCCCCUUGCAGGAGCAUAUAUUUUCUGAUGAGAGGACUGAGAGAAAGACACAAAGGAACAAAAACAAAUAACAAGCAUCAACACUUGUGGUCAGAUUAAUCAGUCUGGCCUUGAGUGAGCCUGGCUUUAACUAUCUGAUGUGAUUCUUGAGACUUGGCUUUUCUCUGCUCUACAGCACCUGCGUGAACGGCGGGUUUGCUCUGCUUGCCUUUCCUCUCUUAACUCUUUUCUUUAAAGCUCAGAGUGAAACUUGUAAACUGAACAGAACUUUGUAAAAGAAACAUGUAAAUGGUGAGAAGUUACACAUGGAUCGUCUCUCUUCAUGGACAUCUUGAUCUCCCGGAGGGAUGGUGUUGUUCUUACCAUGGAAACGUGGCAAUCUGUAAUUUAUGCCAGGCUUAGCGUUUGGUUUUGUGCAGCCUGCUGGGGUUGCGUUGGCUUGAAUGAACUACUUGAUUUUGUAGAGUGUGUUGGGAAGAUCCCGGAUGGAAAGCAAGUGAGUUGUACAUGCGUAAAUAUUGCACAGGAUUACAUAUGAUUGAAGGCAUGAUGAUUUAUAUUUUUGGGGGAUAGUCUUUUACCCUUUUCUGUUUUUGUUACUGUAGGAACAUCAAAAAGGCAGAGUGAAAUUUCCAAUAGAUUUGUUCGAUUUAAACUACCAUGAAUAGUGAUUUUAACCAUUGAGGCAAAACUCCCUCUCAUUACCACAUCAAGCUCUUUUAACCUCUUGAUCUGAUUGCUUUUACUCAAUUCAGCUGUAUAUUGUUAACAGAUCAGAGCGAUACUUCCACUAGUUAGGACAAUAGAUGUUAUUGGUUGCAGUGAAGUGCGUGUGUGUACUCGAAUGCAAAAGAUUUUGACGCUGAUGAACUGACAGCAUGUACUACUCUUGGAGGGAAGGUUUGUGAAAUUGCCUCUUUGCAUCUCAGACGUAGUAGCCUGGAGAAAUCCUGUCACUUUACACUCUUUACACCAGGCCUCCUCUACGUUGAAUGAGGCAUCUGUGGUACGGAGAUGUAUGUCAGGCACAGUAAUGCCAUAUGGCGCUUGCUUUGCCUGAGGAUGGCGAUUGUGAACGGCUGAUGGGUAAUUAUGACAAUGUCGUCGACCCCCUUGGAAAGAACAAUGGAAUAAAUAUGAUGGAACGGUAAUAGUUUUUUUUUUGUUUUUUUUGACAGACCUACACAGGGUAAAUACUUUGAGAAGAUCUUUCAUGUUUUGAGGUUUAUGGGGUUUGCUGAUUGUGGGUGUUAACAUGUUCAUUAUUCUAUUGUGUCUUGUAGAGGUCAUUUGGUCUGUUACUUUUUUGCCUUAGCUUGAGGAAUCAUAUUUUGAGUGGUAAGACCUCUGAACGGAGAAUUUGCUUUUCUCAGCAGAGAGGUUACUUCUAACUUUGAAAGUAUUGUAAUGCGUUUCCUUUACAGGACAGUCUGACGGUUCUUUCCAAUUGAAAACAUGAGAAAUGCCAAGUGUGUCUGUGUGAGUCAAAGGCAAAAGUCAUUCUUACAGUUACAUUUAUGUUUUGUGUCGGUGUAGUGCAUUGUGGAGUGGAGGGAGGUAUUGUCAGAGUAUUUUGACAAUCUUUUAAGCUCUCUAAGUUAGCUUUUGCCCUUUAACUUAAUGUGGUGCCAUACCUCAAUAUCCAUAUUUACUAUACUAACAUGGGGCUUAGCUAACUCCAAAGUUGUUGCUUGUUUUUUUUUUCCUUUAAAUAUUAUAUAUACACAGUAUAAAUACCAUAGCAAGUUCUGUAAUUAUUCAGUGCUAAGGGUAUCUACCUGCUUGAUCCUGUGUUUCGACAGUUGUUGGUCAAAUAUGAAUGAGUUGGGAAUGUUCUUUAGGUCAAUAUGAUUUGCAUAUAUUCACAUCCCCAAACACAGACAAUCUGCCUUCAUUCUGCUAAAGAACAAUUGAGUAUUUAUUUAUUAAAGUGUAAAUAUGUAUCACAUUUCAAAAUGGUGACUAGUCUUUUGUUUGUCCAUGAUGCUGUUUCUAUGCCUAAAUAUUUUGUAUGUCUGAAAAAUAUGUUUUUAUAUGUAAUUUUUUACAAUAAAUAUGCUUAAGUGUGA